AGCCUCCAGCCCAGAAGACGGUUCGCAUCACUUGCCUUGGUUCGAACAAGUUUUUUUAUUUACCAUCAGAGGACAUUCCAACGCAAUGGGCCAGAAGACUUCAGUGCUGAAGGUGAAGGCUGUGGCGGAGGUGCCGGCCGGCCGCCCCGUCGUGGACACCCUGACCCUCUCGUACAGCACGAGAGGCUGCUGGGGGCGGGGAAGGCGACGGCUGGCACGAUUCACCUUCCCACACCGGGGCUGGGUGAGCAGCCUUGGCCCACAGGUCUGCAGGGCCAAGGAGCAGCCGCUCCUGCCCCUCGCCAAGCUGCAGAAGAAGGACGCCAGCACGAUCAUCAAGAUGAAGUGCACCUUCCGCGGGGCGCCCGUACUCGCGGCCACCAUGCCGCUCGCCCGUCUGUUGGCCCUGGGGGAGGGAACUGCGGGGGGGGACGCAGCCCUCCUCUCCUUCAAGCUGGCAGGCGGCGAGAACAUGGCGGUGCAGCGAGGGGCCGCCUACACCGCCUUGUCGUGCAACGGGAGGUUGUGCGGCAAUGGUGGUAGCGCGGGGGGGAAUGGCGGCCAGGGGGACGCCGAGUGUCUCAGCCACAGGGAGGGUGGCUGGGGCACGCCGGCCAGCCCUGGUCAGCAGCAGCCUAAGGGGGAUGAGGAAACGUUAGGCCCUGCGCAGCCAAAGGCCACCGAGGGUCAGCAGAGUCCUGGCCGCGCAGGUCACCGUGAGGGUGAUGACCUGCCGGCACUGAGCGGGGGCCCAGCCGCCGCCGUGACCCACAGGCAGCUGACAGCCGUCGAGCUGUGGUGCCCCGUAUGGAAGACACCGACCCGCGCCAAGGAUUCCGGGACCAACACGCGCCCACACUCACCCAGCGCCCCGGCCUUCCCGGCAGAGCCUCAGCCUGCCGUGAUAACCCUUCCAGACUGCGCCCAGACGUUCACAGUGCCGCGCGUCUACCGCAAAGACCCUUCUGCCAGCGCUCAGGACCCUGCUGUGCCAGAGGUUGACUUGGGGGAGUCAUCCACUCUGGCACUCUACUACGCCCUGAACAGGACUGAGCCUCAGCCGUACGUUGGGCAGGACUCGUCACCGCCAGUGCUGGACUUUGGGGAGUCAGUAUCACUGGAAUUCUACGAGCCAGCGCCUUUCGUCGAGAUCCCACUGUGUAGCGAACAUGACGAUGAGCCGGAGCCGUACGUUGGGCAGGACUCGUCACCGCAAGUGAUUGACUUUGGGGAGUCAGUAUCACUGGAAAUCUACGACCCAUCGCCUUUCGUCCCUGAGCCAGAGCCAGCGCCGCCCCAGGAGCAGUGGCCCCUGGGGAUGGGGAGCCCCUGGGUGCACGCCUUAAUGAACAGCAUGGUAUUCUUUCUUCCACUCACCGUGCUCACCUUCCUGCUGCUCUUCGAGGACCGCUUACAAAGCUGGGCCUGGCAGUGACGCAGUACAGUCACAGGAGCCGCCAGGAGCCACGCCCUCCUGCAUUUCUCAACAACCCAGUACCGGGGUGGGGGGCGUCCUGUCUUCCUCCUGGCGGCUCUCUCUUCACCACCUUCAUAUCACGCCACCCCCGUUGAGCGGCACAUUCUGAGGUGACCGCCGCUCGCAUGCCCUUCCUUACUCGUCACCGGGGUGGAUGAAGGUGCUGUUUUUCUUACUUUCUCAAA